AUGGCCAGACUCUCCAACCCGCUCGCCUUUGCACGUGGCCCCGUCACCGUCAUUGCUACACUUAUCUACCUUGCCGUCAUAAUACCCCUAAUUGUCGUGCAGACAGGAGUCCCCAAAGCACCCAAGAGCCCCAGACCCGUCAAAGGCAUCGACCUCGACGAAGCUUGGGCAGACCUGCAGCGUCUUACCCGCGGCUACCACCCCUUCAACAGUGUGGAGAAUGAUCAAGUCCACAACUGGCUUGUCCAACGCGUUCACCAAAUAGUAAAAGAGAACACAAACUCCUCCGCAGCAGCAUCUUCGCACCCGGCUUAUAUCUUCGACGAUGAUGUCUCGAACCUCACCUUCUCCUCGCCCGGCACGCUGUCGACGCCAGGCACGGGCAUCAGCGUGUAUUUUGAGAGCAAGAAUAUCAUAGCCUAUGUGCCGGGUCGGGAAGAUGACAGUUCAGAGUGGUGGGCUAAGCCGGAUGGCAGUCCCCGCGAGAGGAACGGCUUACUGGUCAAUGCACACUACGACUCGGUCUCCUCUGGCUAUGGUGCCACUGAUGAUGGUGUUGGAUGCAUCACGGUUCUUCAGCUCCUCAAGUACUACACCACGCCAGGGAACCAACCAAAACACGGUAUAGUCCUUCUGUGGAACGAUGGGGAGGAGGACUUCCUCAACGGAGCACGUGUCUUCAGUCAGCAUCCCAUGGCUAAGCUGGUCAGCUCCUUUCUCAACCUCGAAGGUGCCGGAGCUGGCGGCCGAGCAGCCCUCUUCAGAAGCACCGAUACUGAGGUCACCAGAGCGUACGGCGAGUCUCCGUACCCAUUUGGAUCUGUCAUUACCGGAGAUGGCUUCAAUCGCGGCCUGGUCAGGAGCCAGACCGACUAUGUCAUCUUCAAUGGCGUCAUGGGACUUCGAGGUCUAGACGUGGCUUUUAUCGAGCCGCGAGCUAGGUAUCACACUGAUCAAGACGACAGUCGCCACACCAGUAAAGACUCGCUUUGGCAUAUGCUGUCAGGGGCUCUGUCGACGACCAAGAAGCUGAGUUCCCAUCCGUUGCGCACGAAUCUGGACCCCGAGGACAACCCUGGCAGCCCAGGUGUGUGGUUCGACAUCUUCGGACAGCGUUUUGCAGCAUUCCAGCUACACACCCUGUUUGCACUGUCUGUGACCCUGCUGGUGGCUGGACCAGUUAUGCUUGGGCUUCUCAUGAUCUUGCUCUAUUCUGCCGAUAAGCUGUACCUGUUCUCCGGAGCCAGGAGAUACCACAGCAUUGAUGGAGACGACAAAGUACCCCUGUACGGCUGGCGAGGCUUCACUCGCUUCCCUCUAGUCCUAACCGUCUCGUGUGCGGCCCCGAUUGCUCUUGCGUUCUUGCUCUUUAAAGAGAAUGAAUUCAUCGUGCACAGCAGCGAGUGGGCGGUCUGGAGUAUGAUGGUUUCUUCAUUCCUGUUCCUCGCUUGGUUUUUCUGCCGCAUGGCAGACUAUGGCCGGCCGUCAGCAUUGACUCGAGCCUACGGCCUAGGCUGGAUUUGGACCGCAUGGUGGGUGCUCCUGGCCGCGGCCACGGUCUUUGAGCAGCAAUUCCACAUCGGCGGUGUCUACUUCAUUUUGUUCUUUGCAGCGAGUGCAUGGCUUUCUACAUUCCUGUCAUAUCUAGAGCUGUUCUCGCUUGAGAAGAAGGAUGUCUAUUGUGAUUCAAAGGCUAGCGAGGACAUCGCAUCAAGUGCACCUGAGACUUCUCGUUCUCGCGAGCGACAAGCCAGGGCCAGCCAGGGCAAUGACGAAGACGAUCAGGAAGAGCCAACCGAGCGAUCCGGCCUCCUCUCUGGUCGUGGCGGCAAAGCAUUCCGCAAGUAUAAGACACACGACUCGGACGAUGAAGAAGGGCGCAAAGACGAUAAACAUGAUGCCGAUACCCAAACCGAGCAAGAGUGGGCGAGAGGCCAGUGGAGUUGGCUCUGGAAUUUGCAAUUCCUGGUCAUUGUGCCCAUCAACGUGGUCAUUGUUGGUCAAAUUGCGCUGAACCUCGUAACGGCGCUGCAUCAGACUGGCGCAGAUGGGAGUUCGGUGUUCUUGGUCUACAUCAGCAUGGCAUUCUUCACGAUUGUGCUCUUUUCACCACUGGUUCCGUUCAUUCAUCGGUUCUCCUGGCAGAUACCCAAUUUUCUGCUUCUGGUGCUUAUUGGCACUCUCAUCUACAACUUGGUCGCCUUCCCCUUCUCCGCUAACAACAGGCUGAAGGUAUUCUUCCAGCAGGAGAUCGACCUUGAGACCGGCCACAACAAUGUGUCUGUCAUUGGGCCGGCGCCAUAUGUUAUGGACGCACUACGGUCCCUCCCUAGUGUUUCCGAGCAAAAUUUGGACUACAUCAACGCAGAUAAUUUCAGCACUCGCCGAAAGUACUUCUUUUCAGGGAUCGCUCCCGAAGUUGCCGAAUACGAUCCAAAACUGCCAGCAAGUAAACGAUACCGAGACUGGCUAGACUUCAGCGUGACCAAGACGAGCAAUAACACUGACUCGACCAAAGCACGCUUCACCAUUCAGGGCAAGAACACGCGAGCGUGCAAGCUAGUCUUCGACGCUCCUGUUCAGAAAUUCAAGGUUGUAGGCAUGGGACCCACAGACGAGCGAUUUCAGCCGGUGCCGCAGGGUGGCAGCAAAGAGAUCCGGCUGUGGUCUCGAACAUGGGAAAACACCUGGAAGGUCGACGUCAGGUGGAACAACGAGAAGCUGGCGGAUGGCAUGAACGGCAAAGUCGUGUGUCUCUGGAGUGAUGUCAAUCAGAGGGGAGUGAUACCGGCGUACGAUGAGGCGCAGCAUUACGCCCCCGAAUGGGUGGCCAUCACCAAGGCGGGCGAUGGGCUGCUUGAGGGCUACAAACGGUUUAAUGUCUAG